AGUGCGUUACAAGCGUCCGAGAUUAACAGAUAUCUCAUUCAUGUACAGGGCUUGAGGGUAUCACAUUGGUAGCUGCGGAAUGUAGGUUUUGACAUUCACCCUGCACUAUUUUCAUGAUGAAACUUCAUAUCCGUAGGUAUGUUCAUAUUGAGAACGCACGCCAUUUGGGGAAGAAGCAAGAGGAUAUUGAUCAUUCUGUUGUGUUCCUUCGCCUUGUUUAUAUCUUGAUUAGCUUCGGCAACUCAAUAACAAUUACCGAACCUCCAAUCCCCAACAUCACCAGCUGUUAUAAUGUCGACGAAAGUCGCGUCAUUGUUGCAGCCUAUGUUUUGCUAGUAGUCGCCGAAUUUGAAAUUAUAUGUUUCACGCUAUACCGCUCAAUCAAAUAUUACAAAAGUCUUGCAAACGACAAUCACUUGAUCAAUACUCUUAUUCAGCACAACAUCUUCUAUUUCAUCUGUGGAUUUUUCUUCUCGCUCCUUGUUAUCCUGGCCAUAGGUUUUUUCCCUGUGCGUGCGCAUCUCUAGCAACUAGCCUUUAUGCUUCCUGGUGCUUACUAGGCGUCAUGACAGUCUGUGUAUGGUGAUAUGGCUUCAAAGUACGUCGUUCGUGUCGGUGUCGACGGGGAAUGAGAUGCUCACUAGGACUGAUAUU